AUGCUUUCGAGGAAAGGCGCUGCCCGCUCCCCCCGGCGUUCGGAUGGCCCCGGCGACGCCGGGAGCCGGCGGCUGCAGGAAGGGGGGUCGGCGCUGGAUAAAGCCCCCCCCCAAUCCCCUCCCCCAGCCCCGCCCCAGGCACCCCGCGGUGCUGGUGGCUCGCAGGGCCCAUUCCUGCGGGAUGGGGCGGCCGUUUCCCUCCGCCCGAGCGCCGCGGAGGGUCUCUUCUACCCCCGAGGGCUGCCCACCCCCGGGGCUGGGGCUGAGCUGCCGCGCUCCAGCCGCCUCGCCGGCGGGGACCCUCGCUCCGCCAGGACCGAGCCCUCGGCCCCCUUGAGGGGUCGUGUGAAUUUGAGGAUAACCCGCUCCCCUUCUCCACGCGAACACGUCACCGACACGUCACCGAGCCCGGAGCACCCUGCCUGGAAACCCGCCUCCCCCCAGGGCUCCCCACGGGCCCACACCCGCGGAAAGGAUGCUGCUGUCCGGCAGGUGCGGGGCGGAAGGCGCGGAGCAACGCUCAGUCAAGCCUCUCCCCCCACGCGAGAAAUAACCAAAGCGAAGGUUCUGUGUGUCCGCGGGGUUCUGGGACGGCACCCGAGUCCUGCAUUCCCACCCGACGGGACCGGACCGGCCGGGUAUCACUUUCCGAGGGGCCCACCCGCGGCCCGGCCAGGGACCCUCCGGGACGGGGACUUUCCUCCGGCCUCGGUAUCUCCUGUCCGCUGCUCUCCUGCCAUUGCUCCCCCCGAGGCGCAGCAUCCCCCGACGGCUGGCAGGGAGAAGGUGGAGGGCAGCGGACACCCACCUUGCUGCGGGCUGCAGCCGAGCCGGGAGGAUUUCCCUGUCACCAGAGGCCCCCUAGGCCCCCCCGCAGCCACAGCCGUGUCCCCGCGGGUGGCAGAGCCCCGCUUCCCCGCCUGCGGCCGCCCCUUCCCAGGACGAAACCGGGACGGCCACCCCGGUUCAGGGUGGGGAACACAGCGACGGCUGCAGCCGCCCACCCCACGCCCCGUGGGUGGCUGUGGCAGCCCGGUGUCCCUGUCUCUGCCGCGGACACGCCGAGUCACGCUCGCACGAGUUUUUUGUUUGGUUGGUUGGUCUUUUCCCUUUAGAUGCUCUGCGAACACGCAGCCGCUUUCCCGGCGGGGGAGGACGCCUGGGGAGGGAGGAAGGGGAUGGUUUCCUCCAAGGGGGUGCCAGGGGGCCAUCUUCCCUCCCCCUCCCCCGUGCCCCCCCACCCCACAGGGCCGCAUUUAGCAGUGUGAGAAUCCGCGGUGAUGAAUUGCCAGUCGCUGCCGUUAACAGGCUCGCCGAGCUCGGGGGGACCCCGAGGAGCGGGCAGGAGCGGCCGGCGCUUCGCCCGCACAGCUCCAGUGGAAGCAGCUAUUAGAGAGCCGGAGCCUCUGCGCGGACUCGGUCGCAUCCUUCUCCCUCGCCGCAAACGCUGGGAUCGGGAAGGAUCUCUCGACCGAAGGGGAAAAAUAGCUGAGUAACUAUGCGGAGAGUUGCUCGGGAAGGUGGGAAGCCUGUCCCGAGGACGUGUGUCAGGGCUGGGGGAGCUUUCCUGAGCUCUUUCGCUUUUAUACUUCUCCGAUGCUGAUAACCUGCGUUUGCAACACAUACGCAUACACCUUCCUCUCAUAUGUGUGUGUAUAUAUAUAUUCAACUAUAUAUAUUUAUAUUAUUAUUUUUUCUUAUAUAUAUUUUUUCU